AACAGCUAGGGCAAAACAUGGACGACACAAGUGUCUGCACUCUGCUGCUGGCGGAGUCAGACGCUCAAAAUAACACUAGUAGUACCCCUAACGCGGCUUCUGUCACAGAUGCUGAGAAAGUAAUAAACACUAAAAUAGAUAGUAGCCAGGUUGAAGGAGACCAGAGUGAAGAGGAGCUCCUAAAGGGUCUCCUCACUGACGACUACUGCCAUGUGUGUGAGGCUGUGCUGCUGUUUGAAUCUCAGCGGCUGUCCCACUAUGAGGGAAAGAAACAUGCUCAGAAACUCAAGGUGUACCUGCAGGCCAAGAGAGCUGAGAAGAUGAACAAAGCGCCCCAGCGGCCCAUGACAACGGAUAAAGACCAUUUCUGUGAGCUGUGUAAUAUGGUGUUUAGUUCCCACGUCGUGGCAAAAUCACACUAUGAAGGCAAAAUCCAUACAAAAAAUCUCCGUAAACAAGGUCUUCAGGCCACAGACAGGCACACAGAUGAUGCUGACCAGAAAUCAGCCCCAGAGGGUGACACAGAGCACCUACUGGGCCCAACAACCACUACAGCGACCCCCAGCACAGAGGCCGAUCUGAAGGACCCCAACAUAUACUGUGCCCUGUGUGUCGCUUCCUUCAACAAUCCCCAAAUGGCUUUGCAACACUACAAUGGACGCAAACACCACAGGAAUCUGGUCAAACACGAGCUGAUGAAAGAGCUCGGAGAAGAUGUCCAACAAGCCAACUUCCUCAUGUGUCAGAUGUGUGGGAUACAGUUUACCUCUGUGCAGAUGUACCAGGCCCACAUGCAGGGGAGCAAACACCAGACGAGGGAGAAGAAAGUUGUUGACCUGUGCAAAUCCCAACAAAAAGACUACAACACAUUUGCAGAUGAACUGGCGGAUUACAUUCAGGUUCAGAAGGCUCGAGGAAUCACUCCAAAGGUCGGUGAAGGCCAAAAGAAUGAUGAGGAAGAUGAAGAAGAAGUGGAAGCAUUAAACAAGGGGGAUAUAAUGGAGCUGAACAAACCCAACAUCCCUCCCACCGCUAACCCUCCUCAUCACUCCCGUCCUGGUUACUACCCAGUUGAAAGGCGGCAGCCUCCGUAUCAGGGUCCUCCUUGGCCGGCCUAUGGCUGGGAUCACACCUGCCCUCCAGUCCACAAAGGUCCAGGCCCGCCACCGUUCACUGGUCGGCCCACUAUGAGAAGGAGACGCAGAAAGCAGUCGAGCUCCUCCUCGUAUACUACUUCAUCAUCUUACUCCUCCUCCUAUAGCAGUAGCACAAGUGACAGUGACGGCAGUGAACACAGGCGCAGAGAAAAGAGGAGGACAAGAAGAUCUAGGAGGGAGAGAGACAAGAGGGCAAGAGACGAGGACUCGGGCAAGGAGGAGAAGAGGAGGAAGCGACGGAGGAGGGAAAGAGGUAAAGACUCUGAGGAGAGGAGGAGAGGAGAAUCUGAAGAGUCAGAGGAAGACAGAAGGAGAAAAAAGCGGAAAAAUCUUGGAAAGCGGAGAAGACGAGAGAAGAAACCCCGGGAGGAAGACUUGGAAGGAGGAGAAAGUUUGAUGGACAAUGUAAUGCCAGACGGCCUGAUGGACAAUAGAAAAGAGACUGAAGUGCAUAUUCAGGCAGAAGUGAAUGUUGAGCAGGGGGACAGACAGGACAAGGCAGACAGACCUAAAUACAGGAAAGAGAAGAAGAAAACAAAAGAGAAAGCUGACACGAGGACGGAGGAGGAGAAGCUGUGGGACGACUCCAUUCUGGGCUGUUAAACUCAAAAGGACUCGUUUAACUCUGAAAGCAUACAAUUAUCAUGAGCAUGAUGAGCAAAUCUGAUGAACUGUCUUUAUUCAAAUAGUCUUUAUAGCAGUUUCACAAAGCAGUUUUUACUAUUUGCUCGGACAGCUCAGAAGUGUUCUCUGUAAGUGUGCUAGCUGGCUAGCCAUGUUUAAUGCAUUUCUGUUUGUCAGGAAUUAAUGAAUUAUGUUUGGAGGGGUUUCUAACACGCAUCCACAACAAUAAUAGCUUUAUUUUUCACUAUGACACUUAAUCAUAUCUAUGAUUUAAUCCAUUUGCACAUCUUUAUUAAGUGUUGGCUGUAUUAUUUAAGAACUUUUUUCUUUUCUAUUUCACCCAGAAGUCCUCUGGACCUCUCAAAACAUUAAGGUAACACUUUACUUGAAGGUAUCGUCCUA